AGUUCCUGGCGGCGCGGCGCGGCGCGGCGUGGCUCGGCCGGGCCGUUUUACCGCCCGGUGCCACCUUAAGGAGACAGCAGGCGUGCGCGCGUGCCCCGGUAGCGGAAGUGGUCUGCGGGGCGAGGGCGAGUGGUGACGUUUCUCUGGUCGGUGGGCAGCGGUGGCCGGUGGUGUCUGGACGUUGCUGGCGGCGGCUGCGGAGCGACGGGUGGCCUGGCCUUGCCUCGCCUGGGCUGGGGUCCGCCCACAGGCCCCGCUCCGCGCUCCCGAUUCUUCUGAGUUGUACUUGAAGCCGCCAAAAUGGUUCUAGCAGAUCUUGGAAGAAAAAUAACUUCAGCAUUACGCUCACUGAGCAAUGCUACGAUUAUCAAUGAAGAGGUUUUAAAUGCUAUGUUAAAAGAAGUAUGUACAGCAUUACUGGAAGCUGAUGUUAAUAUUAAACUUGUGAAGCAACUCAGAGAAAAUGUCAAGUCUGCAAUUGACCUUGAAGAAAUGGCAUCUGGCCUUAACAAAAGAAAAAUGAUUCAGCAUGCUGUCUUUAAGGAACUUGUUAAGCUUGUAGAUCCUGGAGUCAAAGCAUGGACACCUACCAAAGGAAAACAGAAUAUUAUAAUGUUUGUUGGUUUGCAAGGAAGUGGUAAAACAACGACCUGUUCAAAGUUAGCAUACUUCUAUCAGAGGAAAGGUUGGAAGACGUGUUUAAUAUGUGCAGAUACAUACAGAGCAGGUGCUUUUGACCAGUUAAAGCAGAAUGCCACAAAAGCAAGAAUUCCCUUUUAUGGAAGUUAUACAGAAAUGGAUCCUGUCAUUAUUGCCUCAGAAGGUGUUGAGAAAUUCAAGAAUGAAAACUUUGAAAUAAUCAUUGUUGAUACAAGUGGACGUCACAAACAGGAAGACUCUUUGUUUGAAGAGAUGUUACAAGUUGCUAAUGCCAUACAACCCGAUAACAUUGUUUAUGUGAUGGAUGCUUCCAUUGGCCAAGCUUGUGAAGCUCAAGCUAAAGCUUUCAAAGACAAAGUAGAUGUAGCUUCUGUUAUUGUAACUAAGCUUGAUGGACAUGCAAAAGGAGGCGGAGCUCUUAGUGCAGUUGCUGCAACAAAGAGUCCUAUUAUUUUUAUUGGAACUGGCGAACACAUAGAUGACUUUGAACCCUUUAAAACGCAGCCUUUCAUCAGCAAACUUCUUGGUAUGGGUGAUAUUGAAGGAUUGAUAGAUAAAGUAAACGAGUUAAAGUUGGAUGAUAAUGAAGCACUCAUAGAAAAGCUGAAACAUGGUCAAUUCACGUUAAGAGAUAUGUACGAACAAUUCCAAAACAUCAUGAAAAUGGGACCAUUCAGUCAGAUCUUGGGUAUGAUCCCUGGUUUUGGAACAGACUUCAUGAGUAAAGGCAAUGAGCAGGAAUCGAUGGCAAGGCUAAAGAAACUGAUGACUAUAAUGGACAGUAUGAAUGACCAAGAACUUGACAGUACAGAUGGUGCCAAAGUUUUCAGCAAGCAGCCAGGAAGAAUCCAAAGAGUAGCAAGAGGUUCAGGUGUUUCUACCAGAGAUGUUCAGGAGCUUUUGACCCAAUACACUAAGUUUGCACAGAUGGUGAAAAAGAUGGGAGGCAUCAAAGGCCUUUUCAAAGGUGGUGAUAUGUCAAAGAAUGUAAACCCAUCUCAGCUGGCCAAACUGAACCAACAGAUGGCAAAGAUGAUGGAUCCAAGAGUUCUUCAUCAUAUGGUGUGUGAUUUCCUUGGGGAAAAGAUUGCGUCUGUUCUGGGGAUAAGUACACCAAAAUACCAGUAUGCCAUUGAUGAGUAUUACAGAAUGAAGAGAGAGGAGGAAGAGGAGGAACAGGAAAACAAGAUGUCAGAAGAAGCAGAAAGACAGCAUCAGGAACAGCAGAACAAGCCACAAGCUGAAGCUCCUGUCCAGACAGACCAGCCUGAAGCAACGGCAUGCACUUCAUUUGUGAAUGUAAACUUUGAAAAUGAGGGAGAUUGCCAGUCCCUUGGGGAAAAUAAACAAGAUGGAGCUCCUGUCCCUCCUUAAGUGUAAAGCUCUGUACAAUGUAGGAAAUAGGAAGCGUCAGAUGUCACAAUCUGGCUAUAGGAAGCAGGAAAAAUAGGAUUAUACUUGUUCGGUGAAAUACAACUUCUAGCAUUCUUAUUGAUCAGGAGAGAGCUGGGCCAUGUCUGUUCAGCCUGUCUGCCUAAUAAAGGCUGCGGCAUUCUGCCAAAUUGGCACUUCAGUUAGAACGAAAAUUGCACUACGAACAUUUGGUCUAAAAUUGAAUGUGUGAGCUCAUUUGUGUGUACAGCAAGUAAAAAUGUCUUUUCUUUGAAUUGCUGUGUCUCUAACACCUGUGGAUUGCAGAUGCAGUGCUGUUUCCUACUUCUAAACACCUACUUCUGAUUUGCACAUUGUUUGCAACUCAGCUCUCUAUGAAUAGAUUAAUAGGAAUCAAUAUCCUGUAACUCACAAGUCAUUAUAAUAGCGUCUGAUUUCCCCUAUUUAUUGUCACUAUUGUAUGCAUGUAUUUUUUUUAUGUUAUUGUUUAACACAAGAGAUGUUAGAUUGAAUGUUAAUUAGAUUUUAUAAAAAAGAAAACAACUUUAAAGGAGGCUGUAAACACCCUUUAGAACUUAUUAACAAGUACCAGCGCUCUUGAAGGCUAAUCGUGCUCAGCUGCUCCAUUCAGUGCUGUAGCAAAGUACAGAACUAGCGUCCCUGUAAGAUGUUCUCACUCCAAGGCCAAGAAUGAAGAGACUCACCUGCUUGAACACUUCCUUACGUGCUCAAUGGUCCUGGGAAAUAAACUGAAGUCUUGCUAAAUUGUAUGGAAUGCACUGGCUCCAGGGAGACCUUAUAGCAGCCUUCCAGUGCCUAAAGGGGGCCUACAGGAAGGAUGGGGAGGGACUCUUGGUCAGGGAGUGUAAUGAGAGGACACGGGGUAACGGUUUCAAACUGGAGGGUAGAUUUAGAUUAGGCAUUAGGAAGAAAUUCUUUCCUGUGAGGGUGGUGAGGCAGUGGAACAGGUUGCCCAGGGAAACUGUGGAUGCCCCACCCCUGGAAGUGUUCAAGGCCAGGCUGGAUGGGGCUUUGAGCAGCCUGGUCUAGUGGGAGGUGUCCCUGCCCAUGGCAGGGGGGUUGGAACAAGGUGAUCUUUAAGGUCCCUUCCAACCCAAACCAUUGUAUGAUUCUAGAAAACUUUUUUGGGCAUAGAUUACCUUAGUCAGUGUACUUGAUUAAGCUAAACAGACUAUUUGUUUAAUUACCAGUAAGGGAUGUGCUGCCAUAACAGAUGUUUUCCCCGCCUCUAGCACAGAAUAUAUAAAAAAAUUAGAAGUCACAACCCCAAACUUACGACUCUUCCUUUUUCUUAAAUGAACAAAACACUUUGUUGCGAUACUGCAACAAUAGUAAUUUUUAUUUUUUUUUGUAUUUUGUAGCUCCAGAGCUUUUAAGUAGCCCCAAAUACCAGUUAAGGGUAUUCUACUGCCAUGACUGUCGUUCUGCUUGUAGCUUGUGCGUGGUUUACUUCACGACAAUCAAUGUCAGUCCCCACUCACUUUCUAUAGCAGAUUGUUGUAGAUAAAGGAGCAGAGAACCUGCACUAGUUACUAUGUGGAACGUUACCAUUGUCCUCGAGACUUCUAAAAAAAUUUUUAAAAAGUCUUUGGUGAAAUUUUGUGUUGGGUAUCAUCAUACAUCCCUGGCCUUGGUCCCGCUAACAACUAACUGAGGAGCCUGGUGUGCCAUCAGAGGCCAGGUAACUUGUCUGUUAGUUUCCAGAGUUCAGUUACAUAUUUCAGACACCCCCCUAACCGAACCAGUGGCCUGUAGAGCACCAAUUCCUUCUCCUCUCAUCUGCCAUGAGCACUCCAGCAAAGUCUUCGGAGGAGGAUUCAGUCGUCAGCUCUGUUCCACCCGUUCUGAUGCUCUGUUCGUUGCCUCUUUUUGAACUUUUUUGUCAGAGGGUGCUGACAGCUGCGUGAAAUCAUUCCUUAGCCCUGAACAUCUGCAAGGGAGAGCCUGGUUCAACUUGAGGAAUAUGCAGAAAAACAGCUUGUUGGGAGUUCUUACACUAUCAAAGACAGAAGCCUCACAUAGCUCAAGAGUAAAACCUUUAUGGCUGAAGGAUACUUUGCUUUUCUGACAAGAAAUUAAUGUCAGUUGCGUUGUUUUUUUUCCUUUCCCUACCAUCUGUUGCAUAAGAAAUGCUCUCACUGCCUUGGGUUUAAACUUCUUUGUAUAAAAUACUGUAUUACUCACUGUGCCUUAACUUAAUCCUUCCUUCAGUUUUUUGCAAACUCUAUGAAAGCCGUCACUUUCAUAACGUUUUAAUUUUUCUGUAAAUGCAUUAACUGGUUAUUUUAUAUUUAAUAUAAUUUUUGAACUGGAAGUU